GCACGUGAUGCAGGUUUUUUUCAGUCUUAACAGCGGGUCACUGGCUAUAUGUUUGCGCCCCCUUUAUUUUCAUAUGAAUUUCUGGCUUAUGCAUUUUCCCUCCAGACAAAAGGGUUAUUCUCUUUCAGCAGGUUUACACUUAAUUCCUCAUAAUGGACUCAGACAUAUUGAAUAUAGAGGAGAUAGUAAUGGGCGGAGGAGAGGCUGCUGCCCCUGCUGAUCUGCCCUCUGAGAAGACAGAGGAUACCUACACCACCUCCAUUCAGGAACAUGCACCACCUCCUGUCAUUCAGUCAUACCAGCAUGAAAGCCUGCAGUGUUUCCAAUGUUUUAUUACUUUCUGCAACUCGAAAGCCAAGGAAAGGCAUAUGAAGAAGAGUCAUCGGGAAGAGUAUAAACAGCAGCUUCAACAGUGCGAUACUCUGUUCACAUGCUACGUGUGCGAUCGAACCUUCCCCUCCUCUGAGGAACUGACACAACAUCAGUCGACCCACAACAAGGAGGACAAGCCCUUCAAAUGUGCACAUUGCCAAGAAUGCUUCCGCACAUUCUCAGAGUUAACAACACAUCGGCGGCAAGUAUGUCCUGAACGUCAGUUCGUGUGCAAAGAAUGCAACGAGAUGUUUCGAAGCUCUGGAAUUUUGCGUAACCAUCGUUUGACCCAGCACCCAGUGCCCAUGGAUGGGGAGGAAGCAGAGGAUUCCACUAAGACCUACCGAUGUGGUAAAUGUGGUAGGGGAUUUGAAGAAGAGGCAGAGCUCCUGCAGCAUCAGGAGAACCACGCAGGUGACCGGCACUGUAACGGUAGUGCCGCCGUCAAACGUCGAGGGAGACCACCUAAAACUGAGGCCGGAGCAGCUGGUGAAAAGAAAGCGAAGCAAAAGGAGGAGGAAGAGGCAGAGGGGCCUGAGGAAACCAACCAUUCAGAAGACACUUCUGCAAAACCAGCCACAGCGGAAGUGAAGACAGCAGGAAGACGAGGACGCCCAGCCAAAUCUACCCAGGAGCCCAAGGCAGAAGAUGAUGACAAGAAACUUGUUCCUCAGCCAGCUCUGCAGAUCCCUUGCACUGAAUGUGACCUCACUUUCCCCAGCCUGACGCAGCUUCGAGUACAUAAGAAAGAGAAGCACACGCAGCGCAAGCCUCACGCUUGUGGAGAAUGUGAGGAGAGUUUUAACCGACCUGAGCAGCUGGAGGCCCACAUGGCAAGGGCGCAUAGUGCCGGCCGGCACACUUGCCCCACAUGUGGGAAGAGCUUUGGCAGAGAAAGUAACCUGAAGGCUCAUCAACAGAGCCAUGGAAAAGAAGAGAAGCCAGUCGGAAAGAGAUAAUUCAGUUUGGGAGAAUUUUAAGGGGGUAUGUUAACAGAAGACGAAUUAAAUUUUUAAAAGUUUUGUGUAUAGAAAUGUAGGUGGGGACAGGGUUCACUUUAGAUUUUAAGUUGUAACAUAGCAAGGGAUCCUUCAGCUGUGUGGCCCUCGAGAUCAACACCAUUGGUGCUUUUCCACUGCGUGGUACGACUCGGCACGGCACGGUUUGCGUUUCCACUGCAGUUCAG